CGUCCUAAUACCAUAUUACCUCUACUUAAAUCGUAUUCUAAAUUACCGCGUAAAUAUAAACAGUCAAAUUUAAAAAGAGAAUAUGAGACAAAUUUGUUAAUUUUCGUGACACUGCAAAAUAUUGUAGAUACUGCAGCCUUCGUCUUGGACUGAGAGAUAGGGGGAUUCCUAUGUUUUAGCGCUAAAUCAUAAGGAUAAAGAAGUUGUAAACAAUUUUACACAGUCAUUUUUUGUAAUUUACAAUGGGUCGAAUAAAUUGGAGGAAUGCUCAUUGUAUGGGAAGUAUCGUAGACGGAGAUGAAACGUCGAAAACUUUUGGGAGAUCGUGCCGCGGGAAUAUAUCGCCUCUGUAUUGGCGUAUCCCAAUUCUACUUUGGUCCGUCGUCAUCAUCACCUGGUCGGUCUGUUUCUUCUGGGGCUCCCGUGAAAAGUUUUUUAUUUACAUGACACAUUGGGGACUGAUGAUCAUAUCCUUGGAAUCUUUGUUUGGAAUUAUUGUGACGGUCCGAAAAACGAGACAAGAAAAAUCUGAUGCUACAUUUGGGCUGCCAUGGUACGUGAAAACAUAUUGGGUAUUGUACAACAUCGCCAUUCCGGUGUCCUUCCUUGUGUCCGGAUUUUAUUGGGGUCUGCUUAGAAGUAAAGCCGGCAACAUGGACUAUUUCACACCGAAUCCUGUGCUCGACGUGAUGCUACACGGCAUCAACUCAGCAGUUAUGUUGGUGGAAUUGAUCUCAUCUGCUCAUCCUAGCAGGCUCCUCCACAUCAUGCAGCCGCUGAUGUUUGCUGGGGUCUACUUGCUAUUCACCGUAAUAUACUUUUACGCGGGCGGACAUGAUCCGUGGGGUCAUGAAUACAUAUAUCCAGUAAUGGAUUGGAAUAAACCACGAGAGACGAUAGUGGUAGCCGCACUAUCGGGCUUGUUUCUAGCUCUGAUGCACAUUGUUGUGGUCGCCAUUUCAACACUGCGGGAUGUUAUCGCGAGGCGGUUCCUAAGAGAUGUCAACGGUGUAUACAACAAUGCAUUCAGUGCCUAAGAAAAUUCACAUUCAAUGUAUAAGGAAUCUCACAUACAAUAUAUAAAAUUGUAUAUUUGAUACGAAUCUCCUUUUUUAAUAAUUCGUUCACAAAGACGAAACUAGUCACAAAUUAUUCUUUCUUUAUUUGAACAUUAGUGUUUACUAUGAUAUCUAUAGAGAGAUGAUAUGUUUUUUUAUUAGUGUGCAUUGAGUUGACAAAUGUAUCAGUCCACUUGAUAUCUUUAAAUAUUAUCAUGAAUUCUACUGUACCAACGUCAUUUGGUCUAUGAUCUGUGAUAUACUCGGGUAUAAAAUGUUGGAAAUUCGAUAUUACAACAAAUGUGUUGCAAACAUUAUGGGUAGGUAUAGAUAUAAUAUUACUGUGAAGGAUGGAGACCAAGACGACGAGAAAAAGAAAACUAAGUAUGUUUUAUAUUUAUGUAGCUUAUUGUGACUUACCUACAUAAGAAAUUAGGUAGGUAAGUUUAAUAAGCUAAAUAAUAAGCAAUAAUAUAAUUAAAAUAAAUCCGUACUCAAGUAAGCUUGUAAGUUGUUUCAUAA